UCGUUUCGGAAACCGAAACGUAUUACGUUUCUGUAUUGCCUUUUGCGUUUCUGGGUAGUAAACAGGUCAGACUUGAUAUAUUUUUUGCGCGAAUUUUAACGAGAGGAAUUUCAAUCCUUUCCCUCCAUUUGUGACGCCGCCAUGGAUUCCUCUGCGCUUUCUCAUCUCUCCGCUCCUCGAUUAUCCCCUAUCCACUGCUUUAACUCGACUGGUUUCAAUGAAAGAAGCCACUUCUUCCCUCGGAGGUCGGCGGCAGCAACCGCGGCCACCGCCGACUUCGCAAUUGAAGCGCAGAAUCUGAGCUUCUCGAUCGCGACGCGGCAAGGGAAUUCGGUCCCGAUACUUGAAGAUUGCUCCCUCAGAAUCCCUUCCGGCCAGCUGUGGAUGCUUCUCGGACCCAACGGCUGCGGCAAAUCUACUCUUCUCAAGGUUCUGGCUGGUCUGUUAAACCCUAAUGGUGGAACUUUCACUGUCAAGAGGCCGAAGAGCUUUGUGUUCCAGAAUCCGGAUCAUCAGGUUGUCAUGCCUACAGUAGAAGCAGAUGUAUCCUUUGGUCUUGGAAAGUUCGACCUCUCAAAUGAUGAAGUGAGGCGCAGGGUGGCGAAUGCUCUUGAUGCAGUCGGCAUGGGUUCCUACAUGCAGAGACCUGUGCAAACUCUGAGUGGUGGUCAGAAGCAGAGGGUUGCAAUUGCUGGUGCUCUGGCUGAAGCAUGUAAAGUGCUCUUACUGGAUGAGCUGACAACGUUCUUAGAUGAGAAGGAUCAGAUUGGGGUGAUCAAAGCACUGAAGAACACAUUAGAUGUAUCAGACGACGUCACAGCUCUAUGGGUAACCCACCGUCUUGAAGAGCUCGAAUUUGCAGAUGGGGCAUUAUAUAUGGAGAAAGGGAAAAUCGUCAAGCGAGGAGAUGCUUCAAGAAUAAUGAAUUUCAUCAAAGCCAAACAAUCCUCAUACUUCAGCGAAAUUAACCAGUAAUGUACAUAUGUUUCUCUUAUAAGCUUUCAGUCUGAUUGGUCACAUUCAGAGAAGUUCAAGCUAGCUUUUGGUCCAACUUUUCUUGCUUUUCAAGUGGUCACUUCUCAGUUGUGGUGGGGAUCAUUCCGUGUACUUAGGGUAAUGCACUUGAUCAGGGUUGUUUUGUUAGGUAUAGAAUCUAGAAUGUCACUAGAUAGACUAGAUCAAUGAACCUGGUUAUCCUUCAGCCCACCUAACAUUGUAGCAUUGUUAUUCCUGUACAAUCCUUGGGAUUUGUAAGUUAUGGUAAUUGUCAACUGAACCUAAUGUGGCAAAAAUAGACCAACAUUCAGUUCUACAGGAAAAAACAAUUUCACAUACAGCAGCUGUAUAGUCUUCCCCAGAAUCUUAUCCAAGCUUUCUGUGUGUGUUCAGUGUCUUGUUGACUGGACAAAAAUCGGUGUCAUGGAUUUCAGGCUGUUCCAUGUUCAUGUCUUCCGUGAUACUUCGGUUUUACUUCUCUUGUUAGGUCUUAGACUUCACAUCGGAGCUGUAGGCGUUUCAUUCUUGCUCGUUGUACGAUGUUCCAUAUUCAAAUAGCUGAGAUUCACCAAGUACUAUUGGUAUGGGACGAUUGAUUUCAUUAUCAGAUCUUCUCAAUAGUAUCUUGGUUUCUUUCCUGAAGUUAAAAGCUAAACUAACAGCAUGUACCUUCUUGUUCAUCAUCAGGCU